CCUGCCCUCAAUUGACCAAAUAGAACAAGUGCACGAUUGCGGUUGCCCCGUCAAUACCAAAGCCUAAUCGAUCCACAGUAGGCGCAAGGAACUACGCUAGCUAGGGGGCAAAUCAAUUUCACCGUUUCAGUUCCAAUAUCAAUUUUCUUAUUGCUUUAACCAACGUUCUCUCUCACUCCUCCGGCAAAUAUCAUCACAAACCUCUUCACUGCUUACUUGACGCUUUUAACCCAACUUACGCCAGUUUUUCGCAAUCAAACAGUUCAAAAUGGUGAGUUAUUCUCUUGUCUCCUUCUUUUCUUUGUUCCUGUUGGAAGUAAACAGAAGGAAUAUUUUUGCCCGGUGCCCCUCGUAACCCCUAAAUCCUAGUUUAGCGUGGGUGUUACGCGAUCGGGAACAGCCAGUCAGCAAUCCUUUCGCACUGAGUAAUUGCAGCCGUGGCCGUAUUUGCACUGGCAACGGGCGGCGACGGCGCCCCUUAGGGGGUUUUGUCGGCAAACUCUUUGUCAGCUUUCCCGAAUCGUCCCAGUCUCCCGGAAAACAAAGCGAAAACAAAUAAAAAUCCAACAAGAGCGAACCAACAAUCCACAAACUGCGCAUUCAAUCGCUCCCGUUACUUUCCUGCCUAGCCUAUCAAUUGCUCUGUCUUUUCAUACAUUCACUCCGUACAAACAGAACUGCGAUAAACCGUCAAAAUGGCCACUAACGAUGCUCCUCAGGCUUCGACUAACUACAAGGAGGCCUUCUCAUUAUUCGACAAGCGAGGCAACGGCCGCGUUUCUCUCGACAGCCUUGGUGAUCUCUUGCGCGCCUGUGGCCAGAACCCUACUCUAGCCGAAAUCAGAGACUUGGAGCGAAAUGUCGGUGGCGAUUUCGACUUUGAGACUUUCUCGAAAAUCCUAAACCGGCCGGGUGGUUUCCGCGACCCCGGCGAGCCUGACGAGUACUGCCGUGGUUUCCAAGUCUUCGAUAAGGACAUGACGGGAUUUAUUGGCGUCGGACAACUCAAGUACAUUCUGACGAAUCUGGGCGAGAAGAUGACGGACGAAGAGGUGGAUGAACUCCUGAAGGCAGUCGACACUAGUUCGGGUCAAGUCAACUACACCGAUCUUGUCCGAACCAUCUUGGCCAAUUAAACGAUUCGCUCUAGUACAUUGAUGGGAGCCGGAGUUUGGAGGCGUGAGAAUCGCUACGUACACCCGCAAUACUUGUGUGAAGAGAGCAUCAACACAUCACAUUGCAUGACACCAUGAAUGGGAGUGACAGGGCGUUAGUUAAUUGACGGGAUUAUAUGGAAUUGGAAUGGACCUAUUUGGUCUCUUAUGACUGUGAGGCUUGGAAUUGUAGCCAUAGGCCGUCGGUCAUAGGUACUGGAAUAUACAUGGUCAAACUCGCAAUGGGUGUUGAGGACUCCCUGUUUUGCUUAUCCCUAUUCUGAAAUAUCUGUCUCUUCAAGCAUUACAAUUUCUU